GACCAGCCAUUAGGUUGCCUUCGAAGCGUCACGAUGAUUUUUAGAAAGGCCAAACGGCGUCGUUUGAAGCGCCAACCCCUCCUUAAUCCCCCGACCAGUCUUCGGAAACGAUACGCCUUCAUCAAUCGAAACUCUUCUCCUCUUCGUUCUACAUUGCUUACCGUCGUCGGAUACCUUCAAGAACUACCACACAUCUCUUUGCCAUGGAGAACACCGGAGCAAGUAGCGGGUUCGAGUACAAGAGAAGAAGAAUUCUAACCCAAACACAAAGGGAGGAGAUGGAGAAUGAAAACCAGAUUUCUGCUGAGGUAACUCCAUCUGUGGAGGGUCAAUCGUUCCUGGAUGCUUCGGAAAUUAAGGUUCCAGCGUUGGCUUGCACCAUUGAUAUUGAUAAAAUACCUGGAAUGAAGUUAACCCUGAAAUCUUCUUUGGGGGAGUUCCAGAAUCUGAUGGGCGAAGGACUUGGAGAUCAUCCAGAAGUUCUUGAUUUGUUUAGGGAGAGCACCCCUUUUUCUCAUUUUUUGGAUGUUGAGUCGGACGGGAGGAAGAAAAAGAAAGCCGAUGAGCUCUUAUCUAAGCCGCCAACUAAAGCAGAUCUUUUGGAAUUUAAGAGCUUCAUCGUAAAAGCAAUUAAAGAUGACCGCCCUGUACAAUGCUACCUCGCCCAGUACAAGGAGAUUCAGGAUUUUGUGAAAACGUUCUGGACUGACCUUAUCACUCCAGGUUUUUGGGUAGGGGAUACUCAUCUGAGUGAGUACCUUUACGUCCUGAGAAGACGUUUAUGCAAUGACGAUGGAGACUCAUGCAUUGCGCCUUUUGAAUUCAACAAUUACGUGAACUCUUAUGAGCAUGACCCAGAAUGGCCUGUUUUGUCUGGAUCCCUUGAAAAGAUUGUGGAUGGUACAUACAGCGAGGGGCCGGAAGCAUUUAAAACCAAAUCCUGGAAAAAGAACACUAAGUACGUAUAUUAUUUGAAAGGCACGAGUUCACAUUGGUUCUGUAUCAAGGCUGACUUUGAGAGGUGCCGCCUCGUCGUGCUUGACUCCCUUAAGAGGAUAACUUCGAUUGAGACGAUGGCUAGUUUGCUGAUAGAUGAUCUUAGAGGGUUUAAAGGCAUUGCUGGAAUUAGAGAAAUCGGCAAGCACGGAUAUGCCGAUUGGGAAAUCGAAUACUGCACAGUACCCCAACAGAUUGAUUGUGACUGUGGCAUCUUCGCGGUAAAAAUUGGAGUGGAGUGGAGAAUGGUUGAUUCUGUGUUGUUUCCUUGUGGAAAACACGAGAUAAUGCAGAAGAUGCCGUGGAGCAUCUUCUGCAGUAAUGGAUAAAACGGAUAAUGGUAUACGAGAUAACCAUUAUGACCGUUUUGCCUUAUCGAGAUAACCAUUAGGACCGUUUUACAAAAUUGAGUAAAACCAUUACGAAAGAGAGGUGAGAAGUUUUGAUGAUUGUAAAGAAAUAGGCUUGUAAAAU